AAAAAGAAAAUUUAAGACAUAGAAAAGCAGUCCUUUAGACCUGCUAAAUGUAAAGUUCUUUCAGACAUCUGCAUGAUAUAGAUGAUCGUUCGAUUAGUCCUCCUUCGCUAGCAUCUUCUCCUUCUUUCUCGUUCUACAUCGUAUGCGCGCAGCGAGCUAGGGUUUUGGAGAUCAGCAAAUUAAACAGAGAUGUCGGCUUACCAGCACACUGCAACAGACCACCUUUGCUACUUGCACUGCAACUUCUGCAACACAAUGCUCGCGGUUACACUCCCAAGUGACAGGUCGUUCGACAUAGUAACUGUUCGUUGUGGCCAUUGUGCCAGCAUUUUCUCUGUGCACCUGGGCACCAUUUUUCAGCCCUUUCCCUCCCAAGAUUUUCAGGGAUUCAAUAUUGGAGCUAUUAAAAAUUACCAAAUGGAUUUUGGAUCAUCUUCACAAGAUAGGCCGACUUCUUUGGUAUCCUCCACUGAAAAUGCUGAACGACGACAUUUACCUGUUCCUCCCCCUGAAAAACGACACCGUCUGCCUUCUGCAUACAACAAGUUUAUCAAGGAGGAGAUUCAAAGGUUAAAGGCUAAUAAUCCUAACAUCAGCCACAAACAAGCAUUCAGCACUGCAGCAAAGAAUUGGGCACACUUGCCUCACGAUAAUCCUGACAACGACGAGCGACAGAAGCUUGAGGAGCUAAUGACUUCCCCAGGUGAUCUAAAAAGUUAAAUCAGUUAACUAAUUAGGAGUACGUUCCUAAUAAUGAAUGAUAUGUGCAUGCUUAAGUCAUGAGCAGAUGCUUAGACUCCUGAACUUGUAGUCUUACGUAUGGCUGGAUUAGCACAUCGAUCAACUGCAUUUGAACUUUAAUUAACUUAA